UGAGCGGCGCCCCGGCAUGGCAGCCUCAGAGGUGCUCAGAGGAUGCGACAUCCUCAUCGUCUACAGCCCGGAUGCUGCGGAAUGGUGCCAGUACCUCCAGGACCUUUUCCUGGCCAGUCGGCAGGUCCACAACCAGGAGAUUCUGACUUACAAGCUGGGCCCCAAGGUCUCCUUCUCGGCCACGGACCUGAGCUUCUUCCUCAGUGCACGAUGCAUUGUGGUGCUGCUGUCUGUGGAGAUGGUGCAGCAGUUCUGCCAGCCGGCCCUGCUGCCCCUGCUGCAGCGAGCCUUCCACCCUCCCCACCGCGUGGUGCGCCUGCUCUGUGGCGUCCAGGACAGUGAGGAGUUCCUGGACUACUUCCCAGAUUGGGCCCACUGGCAGGAGCUCACCUGUGACGAUGAACCUGAGACUUACGUGACUGCGGUGAAGAAGGCCAUUUCAGAAGAUUCUGGCUGUGACUCAGUCACUGAUACUGAGACUGAGGACGAGAAGGUCCUUCCCUACUCCAAGCAGCAGAGCCUGUCAACAGAGACCUCACCUGGGAACCUGAUGGUGGUGCAGCCGGACCGCAUCCGCUGUGGGGCAGAAACCACUGUCUACGUCAUAGUUAGAUGUCAGCUGGAUGAGAGGGUGAUGACGGAAGCGGAAUUUUCUCCUGAGGAUUCUCCCUCGAUAAGAGUGGAAGCCAAGUUGGAGAAUGAGUACACUGUUUCUGUGAAGGCUCCCAACCUUUCAUCUGGAACUGUUUCUCUGAAGAUAUAUUCCGGGGACUUGGUGGUAUGUGAAACUGUUAUAAGCUAUUAUACUGACAUGGAAGAAAUUGGGAAUUUGUUGUCCAAUGCUGCGAAUCCUGUGGAGUUCAUGUGUCAGGCCUUUAAAAUUGUGCCCUACAACACAGAGACUCUUGAUAAACUGCUAACCGAGUCCCUGAAGAACAACAUUCCCUCAAGUGGGCUGCACCUCUUUGGAAUCAACCAGUUGGAAGAAGAAGAUAUGAUGACAAAUCAGAGAGAUGAAGAACUGCCUACCUUGUUGCAUUUUGCUGCAAAGUAUGGACUGAAGAACCUCACUGCCUUGUUACUCACCUGCCCUGGAGCCCUACAGGCAUACAGUGUGGCCAACAAACACGGCCACUACCCCAACACCAUCGCUGAGAAACAUGGCUUCAAGGACCUGCGGCAGUUCAUCGACGAAUAUGUGGAAACUGUGGACAUGCUGAAGAGUCACAUUAAAGAGGAACUGAUGCAAGGGGAGGAGACGGACGCGGUAUAUGAGUCCAUGGCCCACCUUUCCACAGACCUGCUCAUGAAAUGCUCCCUCAAUCCCGGCUGUGACGAGGAGCUGUACGAGUCCAUGGCUGCCUUCGCCCCUGCUGCCACAGAAGACCUCUAUGUUGAAAUGCUUCAGGCAUCUAACCCAAGCCCUAGAGAUGGUUUCUCUCGGACUACUAAGGACUCUAUGAUCCGCAAGUUUUUAGAAGGUAACAGCAUGGGAACGGCCAGUUCAGAGAGAGAGCCGCACCAUGUUAGGCGGGAAAAAGACAUUUAUCACACAGUGGAGGAGGAUGAGAACUUUUCUAUGGACCUGGCUAACAGGCCCCCUAUCCCAGUGCCCAGGCCAGAGGCCAGUGCUCCUGGAGCUCACCAGCUACCUGAUAAUGAACCAUACAUUUCUAAAGUUUUUGCAGAAAAAAGUCAAGAACGACCUGGGAAUAUCUAUGUUUCCUCAGAGAGCUUCAAGAAAGAGCCCCCCGUCAGACCGUGGAGGGAUCGGCCCCAGUCGAGUAUAUAUGACCCUUUUGCUGGGAUGAAAACGCCAGGUCAGCGGCAGCUCAUUACCCUUCAGGAACAGGUGAAACUGGGCAUCGUCAAUGUGGACGAGGCUGUGCUCCACUUCAAAGAGUGGCAGCUCAACCAGAAGAAGCGCUCUGAGUCCUUUCGCUUCCAGCAGGAAAAUCUUAAACGGCUAAGAGAUAGCAUCACCCGAAGACAGAGAGAGAAGCUAAAGUCGGGAAAGCAGGCAGACCUGGAGAUCACAGUCCCAAUUCGGCACUCACAGCUCCUGCCUGGGAAAGUGGAGUUUGGAGUCUAUGAGAGUGGCCCCAGAAAAAGUGUCUUCCCCCCAAGGACAGAGCUAAGACGAGGAGACUGGAAAACAGACAGCACCUCAAGCACAGCAAGCAGCGCGAGCAACCGAUCCAGCACCCGGAGCCUCCUCAGCGUAAGCAGUGGAAUGGAGGGGGACAACGAGGACAACGAAGUUCCUGAGUUUACCCGAAGUCGGAGCCCAGGCCCCCUGCAGGUGGAUGGAACACCAGCUGUGCCCCUUGAGAGGCCCCCCAGGGUGCCCCCCAGAGCCGCCUCCCAGAGGCCGCUGACCAGAGAAACCUUCCAUCCUCCUCCACCUGUUCCACCCAGGGGUCGCUGAUUCCAUCUCCUAAAACCCACCUACUUUAGGACUUUGAGACUUGAUUUUCAGCCUUUUAAUGAUGUCCUCAUUUUGAGUUUCAUGCAUGACUGCUGACCUUAAGACCUACUCUCACAGUUGAUUUUAUUUCGGCCCUGCUGGUUUGGGCUUUCCCUGAAGAAGUUACUAUUAAGACAUGAAGAAGUGGAAAAACUAAGGACUUUAUUCACCAGUGCCAAACACAUUGAUCUGUCUCUUCUUGUUUGCCAAAAGGACCAAGACUUAAUUGGGAUACUUACCUCUACUUUGGCAUGUCAGAGCCUGAAAAGAUUGAUCAAAAGUGUACUUUUGCCAGUAAUUUUACUGAAAUGCACCUAUAUUAGAACUUAUGUAUUUGCUAGUCCAGUCUAAUUUCUAGAAGUGAUUAUAAAUUAAGACUUAAAGUAUUCAAGUAAUAAGAUAUGUCCUAAUUUUUAAAAGACUUCAAUUUUUUUGCAGAUUCAGAAGGCUGUUUAAUUGCCAGGGCUCGCCACAUACAACACACUGAAAAAGACUUUAAAGAUAUUAAUCCUAACUCCUCUUAUACAGAAGGCAAAGCUGAGGUUCCACAGAAAUCUGGAACCUAGACCACUCAGUUGGUAAGAGGAAGAAGAGAACCUAGAAGCUAGUCUUGCCUUCCAUCUCCAAAUAGCCAAACCCACUCCCUUGAGAUAUGUCCAGAUGUAGAAAUGUCCAGAUGUUGUCAUUGACUGACUAUUGGCCUUCUAGAAUCUUCCUUCUUCCAUAUAUCCCAUGUGCAUGGGACUAUCGAGUUUUUCUUCCCCUUAGUUUGGGCAUUUAUACUUCAUCAUGCAUUUAAAACAGUGAUGUUGCCAAGGAACACAUUACAAUGGUGAAAAACAGAAGCUUGGGGUGCAAGGGACCCCAUUCAUUGCUCUGCAGCCUUUAAAACUUUUAGUUCUAGCCAUAAGGAGAGGGACGGACCCUUGAUUUUUUUCUGCUGAGGGAUCAUGAGAGGAAGGAAGAACUUAAAACAGAAAUAGUUAUCUGUUUCCUAAUACACCUAGAUUUCCUACCAGACUUGGGAUAUCUAUUUAUGCAGAGAGUGUACAGCCUUAAAUAUGCCAUUAAUUUUGAGUUCCAAGAACAUCAUUGUAUCUUCAAAGCUUGAGUCCUUAAUUUUGCUUAAUCAUACAGUAAGGUUAAUAUCUGACCCAUUUGUUUAAAAAAUAUCAGCUAUCUAGUGGUCUUCCAUGGAAUUAGUCUCUAUCUCACACAAAUAUAUAAAAGCCACACCAUUAAUUAUCCAUUUAAGUACAGUUUUAUUGGGUUCUUUUCUAAUGAUUAAGUCCUUCUGUCCAGUAAACAGGGACUCUUAUUGAAGUUAAUAGCUUCUGGGGCCCUAGGUUUGGUUUUUGGUGUUUUUUUUUUUCCUGACAUAAAAUACUCUAUUGGCCAUCAAGAGUAUUUGUGUAAAUUACCACAAUGCCUGGUAAUAGUAGCCAUUCUGCAAUUGUCCCUUGUCACUUAUUUGGGAGAAAUAUUGGUAAUGUGAGAUAAAGUAACAGCAAGAAAUUAUCUUGGAUGGCUGUCUUUCCUGUUAUUUAUAUACAGUUUCCAUCUUAAGCACAUUUGAUAUUGAUAAAUGCUACACUUUUAAAAAAAUAUUCAAUACCUUGAAGUCACUUUUGGGUGUCAAACUUAUCUUUCUACAUUCUCUGAUUAACAAGCAUUUAGAUCAAUAACAUGGCAAGACCCACUAGCAGGCAAUAAUGUCAACAUCUUUUCAAUGAUGUCAACAGUGUAUGUUACUGUUUACAAUAUUGGGAUAUUUCAUCCUAACAUAAAAUUAAUAGAAAAAUAUAACAUUGACAGUAUGGAUGAGAAGUCUGGGUUUCAUAAAUGUGACACACUUGAGAGGUGAAUGGAAAGAUCAGGAAAUCCAAGUUAAAAAGUGGAGAAUCUUAAGCUCUCACUGGCUGUUCACCAACUUGCAAGACAAUUGGUUGUAUAUAAAAGUAAAAGAAGAAAAUGAAAAAGAAAUUGGAUGAAAUACUGGAUGCAUGCUAUUAAGGAAUGUCUCUAAUAAUGAGGUGAAAUUUUACAUUCUCUAGAAACAAAACCACCCAUUAUAACAUACAUUUAUUCAAGUUUCAUAUACUCAAAUUUUGUACGCAUUUUUUGGGACACAUUAUAUAACAAAGCAUGAGUUUCCAUAUGAGGAGGGUCAGAAAAUAAAUUAUAGUUGGUCUCCAUAGAGACUAUUAUAACUUUCCUAUAUGAUAAUUUGGAACACAGUUCUGUGGCCACUAUCCUGCCCCAAGAUUUUACAAGCUGUUUCAAUAGAAAGUAAAGCUGUUGGUCACAUUCACAGCCAUUGCCUUUCCCUCUAAGUGUACAAAGUACAAUGGCCUCCAAUAGACAAGUACGCUUCUUUCAUCAUAUAGUAAAACCUGUGAGCAGAUAACUCAACUACAUAAGUAACAAAAUAUGAAGACUGAGACACAAUAAACAAGAGGUUGGUGUUGCAAUCAAAUAAUUUAACUUGACAUAUUUAAUGACGUGAAUAAUCCUUAAUGUUUUGCCAUAAUUGGGAAAAGUGAUGUGAUGGAAAUAACUUUAAUGAAUAUUUUUACAAAUCAAGCAAAGUUACCUACACUUGCCACCCUUUUCUUGCUUUGUUAUCAAGAACAGAGAAGUUCUGGUUGAUUCCAUAAUCACCCUCAAUAGAUGGGAUUUUCAGAUCCCUCUCUCACAUGUAGUUUGGGUUUCUGUACUCCUCUUUCAAAGAAUAGUGUGUGUUUUUGCAGCUGGUUAAAAAAGUAACAGAUUUGUUUCUAAGAAAGACAAGUGACUAAUUUGGCUAACUCUAAGAGAGUCAUCCUGAAAAUCAAUCCUUAGUUUUGAGGUCAUAUUUGCUUUUGUUUGAUAAAUAGUGUUUUAUUAAUUUUCAAGUAAGUUAUUAAGAAUAUAAAUUGGCCUUACUCAUUUUUGAUGACCAGAUACUUUCUCCCCAGGGUGGAGAAAGGAUGAUUAGGGGGUUUAAAGAUAUGCCCUGAGUUCUGAGGCACAACUCAGAAUUUUUUUUUCUCACAGAAACUGUAAUAAACAGUAGGUUUCCAGGCAAGUCUGCCAAAGCCGUGUAUCCCAUGCUGCAGGGGAAGAUGUAUUAGCUGGCUAUGCAGUGAGAGUGAGGAUGGCGGAGGGAAGAGAACGUUGACUUGGAAGUCAAUAAAGCUGAGUUUUAUUUCGUUCUGCUACUGACUAGCUGAGUUCACAUCGCUUGAUACACUGGGUGUAUUUUAUCAUCUGUGGAGUAAAGAGCUUUGUAUUUAGUUAUAGUCUGGGUCCUUUCAACUUUGAGUCCAACACAGGGAUGGGGAAUCCCACAUUCUGAAGAAGCAGGGAGUCAACACCUAAUUGACAAGACAUCUUAUUAUGUUGCGGCCUCUGUUCCUUGUCCUGCAUCAUUGUUAUAACAGAUCGGUUUAAAAAAAAAAAGUGAGAAAGAGUACAAAGAAAUUAAUAGCCUUAGUUGCUCUUCAGUCCAUGAGCCGAAUGUCUUACUGAUCACCUCCUAAAGAAAACUCAGAACAAAUAUCAAGUUCUUUGGUGUCUAGACAUUUCAGCUAAAAUGGAAGAGGUAGAGGUAGGAGGUGGAAGGUGUUAAAUAGAAAUAUCAGGACUGCCCCAUCCCAGAAGCAAAUGACUAGCAGGACAAACAUCAUAGAAUUGAAAGCAAAAAUAGAAUUUCAAAGAAAAGGUAGCUGAGGUUGGAAAUCAGAAGAUAUAUUGUCCCCUGUAAACCAAGACUUUUGAUGAUUAUAUUUUUUGAGAUGAGAAUAAAAGAUUGGGAUUGUGGUUUUCUGGAUCAUGUGCUGGUCAUAAAAUAUUUAGUCAAUAGA